AUGGCUUCACACCUGCCUGUCACAGACGGCCUUGACCCAUCCCAGCUCGACAUGCCAAACGAUAAUGGCAAGUCAGUAAGCGACACGAUCCAAGAGUUACACAAGGUUCAACUCUCCCACCAGUGGGAUCCAAAUUUGCCACAGGAGAAGAUCGAUGCCAUUAACGAGGCAGUCAAGACUGGUGAUCAGGAAAAGGCUGCCGAGUUGGAAAAGACUCUCGCUCAGGAGUCCCAAUAUGAGUCUGUUCGUGCUGCGGUGCGUAACACAGAUGGCGGAGAAGUUGCAAACACCGUACGCGCCUGGGUGCUGGGCAUGUUUUUCACUACUCUUGGAAGUGGACUUAACAUGUUCCUGAGCAUGAGGAGUCCUGCCAUCUCGUUCCCCGCCAUCGUCGUGCAGUUGCUGGUCUAUCCGAUGGGUUGUUUGUGGGCCAAGACAAUGCCGACUCGGAAGUUCAAUACAUUUGGAGUGGAAUGGACGUUGAAUACCGGUCCUUUCACCAUCAAAGAGCAUGCAGUUAUCACAAUCAUGGCAAAUGUGUCGAUCGGAUAUGCUUAUUGUACGGAUGCUCUCUUGGCAUUGAAAGCAAAGCCACUUUAUAAUAUGGAACUUGGAUGGGGAUUCCAACUUUUAUUCGCUUUGAGCAGUCAGGUUGUUGGUAUGUCACUAGCUGGCAUUUUCCGCCGGUUCCUCGUCUGGCCCGCUGCUCUGAUUUGGCCUAGUCAAUUUGCGAAUACUUCCUUGUUUUAUGCCCUUCACGACUGGAGCUCCUCGGAUGAAUCAGAGACCCACGGAUGGAGCAUCUCACGCUACAGAUAUUUUUUAUAUGUGACAAUUGGGGCUUUCGUCUGGUAUUGGAUACCGGGGGUCCUAUGGCAAGGACUCUCUGUUUUUGCUUUUGUCACCUGGAUUCGACCCAACAAUGUGGUUUUGAACCAGCUGUUCGGAGGCUUCACAGGACUCUCCCUCGUUCCUAUCACAUUUGAUUGGACCUACGUCUCCGCAUAUCUCGGAGAUCCACUCUUGGCACCCGUCCAUGCCCUUGUCAACACCUUCAUUGGGCUCAUGGUGUUCGUGAUCAUCACCACAAUCGGGAUCUCUUACUCUGGGGCUUUAUACUCCGCCUAUCUCCCGAUCAACACAUCCAGCACCUAUGAUAACACGCAAAAUGCCUACAAUGUAACCAAAAUAUUAGGUUCUGGUUUUUCUUUUGACGAGGAAAAAUACAAGGCAUACUCACCGAUGUUCCUGGCUCCAACCUUUGCCUUGAACUAUGGACUGUCGUUUGCAGCCCUUACAGCAGCUAUUGUACAUGUUAUUCUCUUCCAUCGAAAGCAGAUCUGGCAUCAAUUUAGGGCUGCUCGGGAACAAGAACCUGAUAUUCAUCUUACCAUGAUGAAGAAGUACAGGGAAGCACCUGACUGGUGGUAUGCGGCACUAUUCCUAUUCUCGAUCGCGUUAGGGCUUGCAGGAAUUCUAGCAUAUGAUUCGCAGCUUCCUUGGUGGGCCUUUUUUGUCUCGAUCAUCCUCGCCGUGGUCUUUAUAAUCCCGACUUGCAUGAUUCUCGGAAUCACUAAUAUUACGCUGUCGCUCAAUGUCCUAUCGCCGUUCUUAGCAGGUUUUAUGAUCCCAGGAAAGCCAAUUGGGGUCAUGGUAUUCAAGGUCUUCAGCACCAUCACCUUGGGACAAGCGUAA